CUCCGGCGCGGGCAGCGAGCGGCGCGUUUUGUAUCGCAGAGAAGGCGUCUCCGCGAACGCGUCAGGGCGCCCGAACGCAGCCUGUGUGCGACGCUUCGCCUCUCGAUUCGCUUCCCUUUCCGCGUGGUGUUUGUCCUGCGUCGAAAAAAAAAAUUGUGCGGUUCGCGCUGGCUUCCCGUGCCGCGAGUGUUUCCCAACGGCCAAGACGACGAAGACGGUGUUGCUUCGCGCCCGUUGGCGAGCGCUAGCACGAGAACGCGACCGGCACGCGACUGCGGCCGCUAGACCACGGCGCAUUUCCCGGAGGAAGCGGUUCGCAGCAGCCGCCGCGGCGCGCGCUCGUGAAGAAAGGAAAUCGGCGGUGCUGCUGCGGCUCGCGACCGUAGCAUGAUAGCCGAGCGAUGGCACGCCAGUGUGAUCGCCGCCAGUGGUUCCUCAAUCUGUGGAUAACGGCCUGUAGGAUUACUGCCACCUUUCUCAUCGCCCUCGUCGUUUGCAGUGUGGACGCCGCGGAUGCAGCGUCCAGUCACGGAGGUGGUGGUGGCCGUGCGCCUCGCAUCACGGAACAGCCGGUGGACGUGGUGGUCCGAAAGCACGAGCCGGUGACGCUCCGGUGCGGCGCCGAUGGCGACCCUUCUCCGCGAAUCGCGUGGUUUCACGAUGGGAGGCCCGUGCGCAACUCAGCCACGCGCAUGGUUCUGCCCGAAGGACAGCUGUUCUUCCUGCAAGUGCAACACAGCCGCCGGGAACAGGACACGGGACUCUACUGGUGCACAGCCACCAACGCGUUGGGCACGGUCCGCUCCCGAAACGCUAGCGUCGAUCUCGCCGUUCUUCGCGACGAGUUCCGGCAGCUGCCCAAGAGCGUCCACGUGGCGGCGGGCGAUUCGGCGACGCUAGAGUGCGUGCCUCCCAGGGGCCACCCCGAGCCCACAGUCACCUGGUUCAAGGACGGCGUCCAGGUGCAGCCGGGCACGGGGCGCGUACGCCUCCUGGCCCAGGGCGCGCUUCUGAUCGCCGACGUGCGACCCUCCGACCAGGGACGCUACGUGUGCCGGGCGGCCAACAUGCUCGGCACCAGGGACUCGCCGCCAGCUCUGCUCUCGGUGCACACGAAGCCCUAUUUCGUCCGGGUCCCGGAAGAUGUGACGUCACUUGCGGAAGAAUCCGUCGAGUUCCAGUGUAAGGUGAAUGGCGACCCCAAACCGACGGUCACGUGGAGGAGGCAGGAUGGCAAGAUGCCCGUUGGCAGGGCCUAUGUUCAAGAGGACAAGAGUCUGCACAUCAAGAAUGUUGCUCUCGCAGACGAGGGAACAUACAUUUGUGAAUCAGAAAACAUUGUUGGCUCAGUCUCUGCUUCGGCGACAUUAACUGUGCACUCGCGUCCAACAUUCCGCCUCACACCCCAGAACCAGAAAGUGGGGCUCAACGGUGUCGCCAAGUUUGACUGUCUCGCGACAGGCAACCCCCCACCCUCCGUGUUCUGGACCCGAGAAGGCAACCAGGUGCUGAUGUUUCCGGGCAAGUCACACGGCCGCUUCUCGGUGAGUAACGAAGGCACGUUGACCAUCUCUGGUGUGCGAAAAGAAGACCGUGGCUACUACGUCUGCUCGGCGCUCUCCGUGGUGGGAUCCAGUAUGGCCAAGGGUCACCUGGAGGUCACCGCGUUGGCCGACUUGCCCCCUCCCAUCAUACGGCUUGGACCGGCCAAUCAGACUCUGCCGCUGCACACGGCCGCCCAACUGCCUUGCGAGGCGGCUGGCACGCCCAAACCCACAGUACAGUGGCUGUACAACUCAGCGCCACUAAGGAUUGAGGAUCGCGCCCGAUAUACACUUUCGGAGUCUGGCACCCUUCAGAUACAAGAUCUCCAAAUGCUGGACAGCGGAGCAUACACCUGCAAGGCUUCAAGCGAAAGCGGGGAGACGUCUUGGACUGCAUCUCUCACUAUUGAGUCCCCUCAUAACCCUAACGUGAACUUUCAUCGCUCUCCUGAUCCCUCAACAUUCCCUGGACCCCCGUCACAGCCAGUGCCGGUAAACACGACCGAAACUUCGAUAACGCUUGCUUGGAGACGCAGCGAGAAAGUGGGAGCGUCAUCACUCAAAGGAUACACAAUUGAGUACUACAGCAGUGAUCUGCAGAGUGGAUGGGUGCUGGCAGCCCACCGAGUACUUGCUGAAAAAUACACCAUCCAAGCUUUGCGUCCCGACUCACGCUACGUGUUCAUCGUCCGAGCUGAAAAUUCACAUGGACUGGGAGUUCCCAGUCCUCUCUCUGAACCCAUACGAACUCUAGGAAUGACGCCACAUUUCCUCCCCGAGUUCAACCUUGACGAAGCGCGCGCAAAGCUCAGCUCGUGCGUCGUGUCACUGCAAGACAUCCGGGCCGUCAGUUCAACAGCCGUCAAGCUGAAUUGGAAGAUCCAGGGCAUGAGGGAUUACGUGGAGGGCUUUUAUAUUCGGUUCCGGGACAUGAGUGAUGGCUCGCAAAAGUACAACAUGGUCACUGUGCUGAACGGUGGCGCGCUCUCAUACGUACUCAAUGACCUGAAGAAGUUCACGAAGUACGAGUUCUUUCUUGUGCCCUUCUACAGAAGUGUCGAAGGCCCGCCAAGCAACUCAAGGAAUGUUCAGACCCUGGAAGAUGUGCCAACAGCUCCACCUGAAAGUGUGGAAGUGCAAGUUCUGAAUGGCACAACUGCGACCAUUUUCUGGUCUCCUCCGCCACCUCAACACCGCAAUGGAAGGCUGAGAGGAUAUAAUGUGUACGUGGACGGAAACUCUUCUAAUAUUCACCAGAAUCACAGCACCAACGCCACGACUAACAGCCUUACAUUAAACAACCUUAAAACAGGGGCUUCUUAUGAAGCACGUGUCGUAGCGAUGACUACUGUAGGUGGUGGACCACCCAGCAGCCCCGUCCUCUUCAAAAUGGAAAGCCCAGCUGCAUCAACCUCACUUUCUACACCUUUUCAAAACAUCGUGACCCAAUCGUGGUUCAUUGCACUGUUCGGAUUCUUGCUGCUCGUGGCUGUCACUGUUUUCGUCCUUCUUCUGAUACGAAAACGACGGUUGCAACAUGCAAAAUCGCUCGCAACAGUUCCUGUACAUAAGCAAGAAGACAUCAGCAACUGUUUCAAUUCCCUCAAUGGCCGUCCUGGUCUGAGCCCUCAUGAAGCCUUGUGGAUUAACCAUAGUGCCUGGAGAUCCUCUGACCAAUCCAAGGACCCUUUUUGUGAAACCAAGCUUCUUAACAAAAUGAGCUGUGCGUCAAAUGAUCUUAACUAUUCUAGUGUCUAUGCACCUCUAAACUGUGGGAUCAAUGCGCCUGACUAUGCAGAAGUAGAUUCUCAGAGCAUGACAACUUUCUACAAAAAAGACCUCCCCUCGAUUCCAGAGCCCUAUGCAACAACCACGUUAAUUAACCCAUCACUCCAGAAAAGCCUAAACGGUUCUGCUAAGGAUGGUCGCAGUGGAAGCUCAGCGGAAGAAGGAAGCCGCAAAUCUGAGAAGGCCUUCGACUUUGACCUUGCGCGCGCAAGUGAAGAUGGCAUCACAGAUCGGCUGUUGGAAUCCGAGAAACUUGCCAGUCCCGCUAGUGACUCAGGAAGCUACACAACAGAUGAGUAUGGAAUGCCUAUUAAAAAGUGCCGCCAAAAAUUCUCGCGGGGAGGACCUUCUUCCAAGGGACCAAUGAUGAAUUGGUCUGAAAUCAUUCCCCCACCUCCUGAGCAACCACCCAGUGAGGCUGGGUCUCCAACAAAUACUCCAGCGUGCUUCCGGGAGACACCGCCUCGCAAUGUACAAUUCAAGCAGAUGAUAAGCGGAGCACAGCCAGUCUCCAACCUGAGGGGAUCCCAUGGUCCACCUCGAGUACAAACACAUUCUCCAAGAAGUACUCUAAACCAGUCCAGCAACAGCCUGGGGAGCUCCUAUGCAGACCCCUACCAAGGCGUCCCGCCAUUUUUCCCCAAGGGGCAAAGGUCCCUUCUCAUGCCAUUGCAGCCUCAACAGUCACAUCCACACCCCUCGGCCGGAAUCAAACACGACCUUGAGCUGAGAGCUCCGCAGAGCAACGCCACAUCCAAAUAA